AAUGUAUAUAUUAAAAUAUAUUUAUACAUAAUAUUUUAUUAAUUCUAUUUAUUAUAAUUAUAUUAUUAUUAUUAGUAAUCCUGUAGAUGAGCGUCACAAAAUACAGAUAAUUAGCCACAAUAAAAUUUAAUUCAUAUAAUCUUUGUCAAUUAUUUCUGUGAAGUUAAGCAAUGAGUAUAAUUCCUAGUCAAGAAGUAUCACAUGUAAAGCUACACUGUAGAAGAGCUUCUAGAUCUAUAUAUAUAAUAUAAUUUUCAACACUAAAAUCCAAUACACUUUUUUGUAAGUUGAGACACAUCAGUGGCAAUAGAUUGGCCUAACUCCUGAUAGGCACAAACAAAUUACAAUUAGAAGAUUUUCACCAUUUCAUCUUGUCAUCUUAGGCAGCAUGAGUUAUUGUCAUCUUUGAUAUAUAUAUUAUAUUGAAAUAACUUUGUCAACUUGCCAAGCCCAGACUGUGUAUCUUUGUAUGUUACUGUGAAACGUCAUCAUAAUUACAAUGUCUUUUUAUGACUUGUGUAAAGACUCAGUUUUGAGUGCAAAGGAUCUUUUCAAAUAUCGUGUCAAGCGUGACAGCACUAUCCCUUCUAAAGGUGGACAAAAAGAUUUUGAGCCUAAUGGCUCCUGGCUUCAGGCCAAAUCAUUGGAGGCUUUCAUGCAAGAGAGAUUGGCUAUUCUCAGUGAACCUAGGGUUGAAAAACUAAAAAGUUUAGUCCAAGGUGAAUGGGAUAGUUCCAAAUGUCUUGUAAAUAUUAGCAAACCUGGAAAGUUCUGGGCUCAUAUGGGUUUCACAGAUGAAAAAAGAAAUUGGUUAUUUCCAGAGGAAGCUUUAUUUCUUAUCGAGGCUAAUGCUCUGGAAGUCUAUCAUGAUGGUGUACCCUUCAGUGUUCAGGAAGCAUACUCAAAGUGUUUAGGCUCUGAUGUAAGUGUUGAGGAGUAUCAAGUCUAUUCCUAUCUUCAAAGACUGGGAUAUGUUGUGAUCAGACAUGAAGAGAAUCCAUCAAUAACUCCAUACGAGAGAAAAAUAAAUUUAGAUAAAUAUCUUAAAAAACGACAUCGAUUGGACAGGAAGAACAAAAGUCAGCAAAAAAAGAGAGCAAGUAAAACAUCUACAGCAGUGGAGUGUCAGUCAUCUGGCACGUCUGCUCCUGUUACCAUUGUGGACCUCAAUACCAUUGACACAGACAUUAUUUCCAGCUCUAAUGGCAUAUCUCCUUUGCUUUUGAAUGAACCCACAGUCAUCAGUGAAAAUGUAGACAAAAAGAUAGUGUUGAGUCCUGAAUUAACAAAAUGUUCCAGCAAUGGAGAUAAUCCUAGUUAUUUAGAGAUCAGGAAUGAAGCCAGUCAGGAUACUUUAGACAGCAAUGUGGAUGAAAGAGUCAAUGGUACUGAGCAUUCUAGUAGUGAAAGGACAGUAGAUAGUUUAAAGGCAGUAAAAGAUGGAAACUCUAUUGUUCAAAGUCAUGAUUGUGACUUGAAAAAUUGCACCACCUUAGUUCCAACUGUUGUAAGCAAUGAAAAAAUGCCCCACCCAGAAAAACGAAACAUUUCUCAGGUUGAUUCAAUAAAUGAUGAUAGUCAGUCUAAAAGACCUCGCUGUGCUGAUGAGGAAACCUCACAUUCUAGUAGUACAGAAGAAAAACAUGAUCAAGAUCAAUGCUUACAUUUUCUUUCUACUGACAGUGUUGGUGUAGCUUGUCGUAAGUUUUAUUCAGAUACAUGGGUUGACUGCCGUGAGAAACUUAAAACAGAGAAAGCGCUGAAAUGUUGUUCCACUGAUGAAACAGAUGACGAGGAAAUGCAUUGUUCAAAGACUGUUGUACAGACUGAGGGUGUUGAAAAUGUAUCCAACUCUUCAGUUCUUCCAGACAUUGCUAAUACAGAAAUAUUGCACUUAGCACUUCCUGACCAGAAAUUUCUACCUCCAAAUGUAGAAAUCAAUGUUGACAGUGGGGAAUCAAUCUUUGAUGUCAGUCAGUAUAAAAUUAAAUCUCAAAAAAAUAAAAGCAAAAAGAAACUUAAAGAAGAAGAAAGGGAUGCACGCAAAAAAAAUCUCCAAUUCUCUUUUCCCCAAUGGAUACCAGGCCACUCAGGUGAAGCAGGAUGCAGUUCCAAAGUUACAUUCUCAAACUGGGCCACUUAUAAGAACAAAAUUAAACAAGCUGCCAAAGAUUACAAGGCCAGUAACCCAGUAGCUCAUUAUUGGGAAGGGGAGGUCACUCCGUUGGUUCAUCCUAGUGAUGCCACAUCAUAUGAGGCAGUCCUAAAUCGCCUAAGUAUAAUUGAAAGUACUGACAACGAAACAUUGACUCCUGAUCCAGACUGCAUGCUGAGCAUUAAAAUCUCCUACGAUGUCCACCAGCCUGACAGUAAAUUUAAGAAGAGCAUUCCAGGUGUUCCUCAUCACAGAGUCUGUGUCAGCAAAAGUUCCACUGAACCACCAGGCCUAGCAGAGUUCCAGGAGCUGUGGUCACGUUUUAAAGACAAUGUCCCCAUUCACUGGGCUGUGGUGGACCAUGGGGAGAUCUCAUUUUAUGUCUUUGACAACACACACAAGCUGCAAGUUUGGAAAUAGACAAAUAAACUAUGUAUACAGUCA